AUGCCUCAUAACUCUAAUCCGGCGACGGACAUGGGUCGGGGUGUUACAGUUACUAUUCCUUGUCUUAUUGGUAGUUUAAGUGUUGAAAAAGCUUUGGCUGAUUUGAGGGCUAGUAUAAAUGUCAUGCCUUAUAAAAUGUUCAAACAACUUGGUCUCGAGAAACCAAAACCCAUUAGGAUGAAUAUUCAAUUAGUUGACAGAUCAAUUAGGUAUCCUAGGGGUAUUAUUGACAAUGUACUUGUUAAAGUCGAUAAAUCUAUAUUCCCUUUUGAUUUUGUUAUAUUGGACAUAAAUGAGGAUAUUGAGGUACCCAUGAUCUUAGGUCAGCCAUUUUUAGCCACUGCUAAAAUUGUUAUUGAUGUGGGUAGUGGUGAACUUGUGCUAAGUGUAGGUGAUGAAAAUGUUACUCUUCAAGCACGUGAUUUUGUUAGAGUUCCUAGUGAGCGAGAUGAUACUCAUUAUUCUAUUAGUGUUAGUAAUCAUGUGGCUCAACAUUCUUUUGAGGAAUUUACUAAUGAAUACUUGUUCGAAUAG